UUUUCUACUAUCUCGUCGUUACAGUGCAGAAAAAAGGGGAAACACAAACGUUUCUUUCUUGUUGCUGCCUCCUGAAGGUGGUAACCUUUGCCUUACACCAUUCACUCUGAUUGGCAGUUCUUAUCGUGCAGUAAUGGGGGAGGUGAGGCAGAAGAAAAGGCAAGAGAAGGGGAAGAGCAGCGACAAGAAAAAACACUCUAAGGUCUUCUUGAAGAAGAAUAAGAGCAGUGAUAAGAGGAGGCUGAACAGAAGGGGGCCUCAGUUGGCACCCUCCCUACAGAGAGAAGUUGGUCGAAUAAAGGGGGAUGUUGAGUCUGACAAUUCUGAGGUUAGUGAUUGUAGUGAGGGAGAGACUUUUCCUGGGGAUGUUUAUGAGUAUGAAGAGGCUGUUCCAGAGGAGGAGUCAGGGAAGAACCGCCGUUAUGAUACUGUUGAUAACUAUGAUUACGAGCUGCCUGUUCACUUUAAGGACGAGGAUGUGUCUUCAGAUGAUGAGGAAAUUGAUGAAAGGGAUGGUAAAGGAAACUUGACUGAAGAUUCAGAUGAUGCUGAUCCAAAAAAAGAUGAUGACGGUAGUCAUGCUAGGAUGUUGCAAAACAUUACUGGAAUGCCUCGUGAAGCAUUUGAAGGAAAGAAGAGAAACAAUAUUGUUAUAUCUGAGGCAUAUCAGGAGUCUGAAUAUAAUCCCAGUCGUGAUGUUUUGGAUGGUAAUAGUCUCAUUAGCAUAGAGGACCUCCUUGAUCCUCUUCAAGGAAAACCUGGAUAUAGCAUGCUUAGAAAGCGAACUCUUCAAACAGAGAAAAAGUCAAUGGCACUUCAGGCACCACUUCCUAAAGCAGAUCGAGAAAGAGUGGAGAGAAAAGUAGCUUAUGAACAAUCAAAGAAAGAAGUCAGUAAGUGGGAGCCUAUAGUCAAGAAGAAUCGGGAAGCCUCUACCUUGUACUUAGGUGAAGAAGUAGAUUUGGGGUAUUCUACUGUAGGAGCAAUAGCUUCUGAAUUUAAACCUAGAACUGACAUUGAGAAGAAAAUUGCUUCACUCGUUCAUGAUGGGAAGAUCAUGGAAGCUCAUAAAAAUGAUGGUUCUAAGCUUCUUGAAUUAAACAAGGUAUCAUUUGAGGAUGAAAAGGAUCGUCAGAAUCGGCUGGCUAAGAUGCGCAGCCUUCUUUUUCGUCACGAGAUGAAGGCAAAACAUAUUAAGAAAAUCAAAUCAAAAACUUACCAUCGUCUGCUGAAGAAAGAUAGAAUGAAAGGGGCGUCUGUCCAAAUUGAAAUGGAUCCUGAUGCUGCUAAAGAAUUGGCGAUGAAGCAAGAGUUCAAGCGGGCAGAGGAGCGCAUGACUUUGAAGCACAAAAAUAGCUCACGGUGGGCAAAGCGCAUUUUGAGUCGUGGUUUGAAUGCCCAAGAUGAAGGUACACGAGCUGCAAUAGCUGAACAACUGCAACAGCAUGCAAAUUUGACUCGAAAAAUGCACACACUAAAAGAUAGUAGCAGCAGCAGUGAUGAAAGUAGUGAUGAAGAUUUCUCAGAUGAUCAGUCAGCGGAUGAAAACAACAGCAGGGCAUCGAAGUUGUUGGAGAAGGCAAAGGACAAGACUUUAAAAGCAUUAGAAGAUGAGGAGGAAGCUCCCAACUCUGGAUUGCUUGCUUUGCCUUUCAUGGUACGGGGGAUGAAGAAAAGGGAAGAGGCAGCUGCUGAAGAGGCCAAACUUGCCAUCCAGGAGUUUGAGUCACUCUCGAAGCAGCUGACUAAUUCUGAGACAGAAAAUAUAAAUACAGAAACUACUAGUGGUAGAAGAUCCUUUGGUGCAAUGAAAAAAUCGGCUCCAGAACCAAGAAAGAAGACAAAGUCAGAAUAUUAUGGUGAUACAGAUGAUGAAGAUGACACUGAGGCUAGAGAACCCGUGGAGUAUGAUGGGGACGAUAACAAUAGCAGUUUAUUUGCUGAUGCAAAUAUUAGUUCUGAUAUUCUUUGUGAAGACUCCAAGAGGCACCAGAAUUCAUUUUUUAAAAGCUUUGAUGAAACUGUUAGAGAUCCAGGUCCUAAGACAACAUAUGAAGUUGCCAUUUUUGCAUCUGACACAUGGAAAAAGGCGAAAAAUCUUGAAAAAAGGGUGGAUUCUACAACUUCCGCCAUUGUAUCAUCUAAGCCAUAUUUACAAGGUCAAGUUCCAAAGGAAACCAUGCAAGAUGUGGAUGAUCAAAGUGACUCGGAUCAUGAGAUGAUGGUAGAAGGGGUUCUGACUUCAGCUAAUAACGAGUCUUAUGAGCUUCCAUCUCAAGCAGAUUUGAUUCGCGAAGCUUUUGCUGGAGAUGAUGUAGAGGAGGAAUUCGAGAGGCAGAAAGAGGAAAUUCUGAAUGAGGAAAAUCCUGAACCAGAAAAGCCUGUUUUACUACCUGGAUGGGGCCAAUGGACUCACAUCCAGAAGAAAAAAGGCUUACCUUCUUGGAUGCUGAAAGAACACGAGGUUGCAAACAAGAGGAGGCAGGAAUCUCUUAAGAAUAGGAAGGAUGCAAAUCUCAAACAUGUUAUCAUCUCUGAGAAAUUGGAUAAAAAGGCUGAGAAACUCUACACAAAGACUCUUCCUUUUCCUUAUACAGAAAAGGAUGUAUUUGAGCACAGUAUCCGCAUGCCUAUCGGCCCCGACUUCAACCCUGCAUCAGCAAUAGGUGCUCUUAAUCGACCAGAGGUCGUGAAGAAGUCUGGUGUCAUUAUAAAACCGAUUGAGUUCGAGGAAGUUGAUCCUCAACAGAAAGUUGAAGAGCACAAACAGAAUGGACAGAAACAAAAGAGAAAAAAUGGUAAAACCAACAAUGGAAAAUCGGCCAAAAAAAUGAAGAAAGUUGGAGCCUAA